GCGAGAAAACAGCAGAGGCAGAGGGUACCUAGGCCUCGGCCUCUAGAGACGAGACUGCUCACAACAACGAAGACAAGUUGCAAAACGACGACUGAUGGCAGGCCGGCUAGUUAGUUUACUCUUCUUCGUUCUUCUCGUAUAUCUGGCAAGACUGUUGCAACGUAAUCGUGAGGCGUUGAAGGCCGCGUCGUAAUUUACCGCGGGACCAAGUUCUUCUUAUCUGUAAUCUUGGAUAGCCGAAGCCAUCAAGAUGAUGAAGAUGAAGCAGCAAGGCCUAGUGGCCGACUUAUACCCAAACAUAAGGGUCAUGAAGAUCUUUGGGCAUUUUGUAUUCAACUAUUACGACGAUAAUUCGUCCAAGUACUUGCAUAAAGUGUACUGCUGCGCAAAUUUGUUUUUACUACUAUUGCAAUUCGGUCUGUGCGCGGUGAAUCUGAUAAUCGAGAGCGCCGACGUCGACGAUCUCACGGCCAAUACGAUCACCCUCCUCUUCUUCACGCACAGCAUCGUCAAGGUCGUUUACUUCGCUAUUAGGAGUAAGUACUUCUACAGAACGUGGGCGAUAUGGAACAAUCCAAAUACCCACCCACUUUUCGCCGAGAGCAAUGCCAGAUAUCAUGCAAUCGCUCUGAAGAAAAUGAGAUUGCUGCUCUUCUUGGUUGGCGGUACCACCGUACUAACUGUGGUGGCAUGGACCACUCUUACUUUCUUCGAGCACCCGGUGAGGAAGCUUGUCGAUCCGGUUACGAAUGAGACGACGAUUAUCGAGUUGCCGCAACUCUUGGUUCGUUCGUUCUAUCCAUGGGACGCUAGCAAAGGUGUAAUGCAUAUAGUGAUGAUCAUAUACCAGAUGUACUGGGUGCUUUUCAUGCUUAUCAACGCCAAUUCGUUGGACGUUCUCUUCUGUUCGUGGCUGUUGUUCGCCUGUGAACAGUUGCAGCACCUCAAACAAAUCAUGAAGCCUCUUAUGGAGCUGAGCGCGACCUUGGACACCGUCGUUCCGAACAGCAGUGAAUUAUUCAAGGCUGGUAGCGCGGAUCAUCUUCGCGACCAACAAGAUAACAAUCCUCCACCGCCUCCGCCACCCCAAGGCGACAGCAUGCUGGAUCUCGAUCUCCGUAACAUAUACAGCAAUCGUCAGGACUUCACAGCCACCUUCCGGCCGACCGCUGGUAUGACUUUCAACGGCGGCGUAGGACCGAACGGAUUGACGAAGAAGCAAGAGAUGCUCGUCAGAAGCGCCAUUAAAUACUGGGUCGAGAGGCACAAGCACAUCGUCAGGUAA